AUGGAGCCUAUUCUUUCCACCGGAGGCAUCCUCGACCUGCCCAAGGGCUACCUCAAGCGCCUAGGUGAGGAGUGCAAGAAGCGUGGCAUGUUGCUUAUUCUCGACGAGGCGCAGACAGGUGUAGGCCGUACUGGCCAAAUGUUCGCGUUCGAGCACGACAAUACCGUCCCAGACAUUCUUUGCUUGUCCAAGACUCUGGGAUGCGGCCUACCUCUGGCAUCUGUCAGUACAACCGCCGCGGUCGCGCAAGGGUGCAAAGACGCCGGCUUCCUCUGGCUGACGACGCAUCUCAACGAUCCUCUUACAGCCGCAGUUGGCAACAAGGUCCUCGAGAUUGUGGAGCGAGACAACAUUUGCCAGCGCGCUACUGAUCGCGGAGAGCAGCUUCGGGCCGGUCUCCUGAAGCUUCAGGAGAAGUACUGGUGCAUCGGCGAUGUCCGCGGACGCGGCCUGCUUCAGGGUAUCGAGAUUAUUUCUGAUGCUAAGACAAAGGCACCUGGAUCAGAUCUUGGUCAGGCCGUAUCCGAUAGGGCGAUGUUCUUGGGACUGUCCUGUAACGUUGUUAACCUGCCGGGUAUGGGCGGUGUUUUCCGGCUGGCGCCUCCUGUGACUGUGAACGCGGAUGAGAUUGAGGAAGGUUUGAGGAUAUUGGAUGAGGCUUUCGGCUAUGUUUUGGACCAACGAGAUAAGACGAUCCCCGUAGUAUGA